CUGACUCCCAGUUCGGCUUCUCUUCCCGAUCCCGCUACUCUCUGCCAUGAUGUCAUUCUCCGUUUCCUGUUACCUCUACACUGUGACACAUUGCCAAGGGAGAGGAAAACUUUUUGGAGAACUUUGCGGGAAGAAGUAACGGGCUUGCUUUUUACACGGCGGCCUUUCCCCCCUCCACCCCCAUCCCCAUUUUUCCAUGCGGCUGGUUUGAUGGAUCCGAGGUACGAGGUACCCCGUAGGUCUGGUGGUUCCCUGAGCGGAUCCCCGGCACUGCCGAGCGCCCAGUCCCGCCGCAGGAAACUGCCGCCUCGGCCCGCUGACUACAAGCUGCAGGUUAUUAUCAUCGGCUCCCGUGGAGUCGGCAAAACCAGUCUGAUGGAGAGAUUCACCGACGACACUUUCUGCGAAGCCUGCAAGUCCACUGUGGGAGUUGAUUUUAAAAUCAAAACAGUAGAGCUAAGAGGAAAGAAAAUCAGAUUACAAAUUUGGGACACAGCAGGUCAAGAACGAUUUAACAGUAUAACUUCUGCAUACUACCGGAGUGCAAAGGGAAUUGUGAUAGUGUAUGAUAUCACAAAACAGGAGACCUUUGAAGAUCUUCCAAAGUGGAUGAAAAUGAUUGACAAGUAUGCUUCAGAGGAUGCAGAACUUUUAUUAGUUGGGAACAAGUUAGACUGUGAAAAUGACAGAGUGAUUUCUCGACAGCAAGGUGAAAAGUUUGCACAGCGAAUAUCUGGCAUGCGAUUCUGUGAAGCAAGUGCCAAGGAUAAUUAUAAUGUUGAUGAAAUAUUUUUAAAGCUUGUUGAUGACAUUUUAAAUAAGUUGCCACUAGAACUUCCUGGGAAAGAGCUUUCCAACAGCAUACUAUCCUUGCAGCCUGAACCAGAUAUUCCACCAGAACUGCCACCACCACGGCCCAACACUCGGUGUUGCUGAGGUGUGGAAGAAGGUGGAUUUUGUACAUCCUGCUGUUCAGCGGUUCUGUAAUGACUCUGCCAAGCAUAUCCAGCUUAAAGAUGUGUGGUUUCUGAAGACUUGUAUUACCAGUAUUAAGACUAACUUAACAGGCAAAAUGAUUUCAUCUCUUACAAAAUUGUGUGGCAAUGAUAUGUAGUGAUCUGAGUGGUUACAAUAAUAAGACUGAGAUACUUGUAAACAGAUUUUAGCUUUUACAGACUGCCUGUUUAUGUAUUAUAUUAAAUAUUUGGCAGCACAGUAUCAGCCAGCUAAGUACAAAUUACUGUCAUGUUCUCACGUAAAGGCAAAACACCAGCUACCCAGACAUGAGCACAAAGAGUGUAUUAUUGCACAGUGAAUCAGAAAGUGGACAAAUUCAAAGCCAUAAUAAUACAAUAGCAUCUAGAAUGCUAGUUUAAGUUGCACUCCGUUCUUCAGAAUGCUUUAGCUACACACUGGAAGAAAUUGACUGUCUGGAAGUCACACAACAGUCAAAAUUUGUUACAAGAUAAUGCGCCAGUUAGUUAGAAAGAACGUUUAUUAACUUUGCUCUUAAAGAUCAGUGUUUAACAAAUUUUCUAAACUAUAAGCAAUCAUUCAAUUUGGGCCUAUCCCUCUGUUACAAAUAAGCAUCUUUGCACGUUACACAUCAUACCAAGGGUAUUUUCACACAUUAAGUGUGCAGCCAAACAGUAGGCUCAGAAACAAUGUAUAAUUAGAAUUUUACCCGUAAAAGCAUCAACUAUGUGUAAGGGGCUUUUUAAUCAUGAUGGAUCUGUAGUUACUGUAGUUCUUUUAACUGCGGCAUGCUAGAAUCUCAGUAUAUUUUCCUUGUAACUCUGAUAAGAUGCAAAAUAUUUUAUAAAACAAUCAUUGUGUUUUGUGCAUGUUAUUUUUUUUUCAAUCUUACCUGAAGAUUUAUCCUGUUGCCAUAUUUUCUGACAAACAACAAACCAUCGGUUCAAAGAAACUCACUGUGAUCUUUGUAAUUUAUUCUUUGCUGCCUAUUUCUUUUUAAAGUAUUUUUUUUUAUUUCAUUUUCACAUACAUCUUUUGGACAAGGUAUCUUUUGACUAAAAAAACAUGUAACUGGUUCAUAAAUGUUAAAGCAAAAUAAGGAAAUGAGAAUUGAUUGUAUAUCAUGGUUAAUAUUUCAACCAAACAUAAGUAACAACUUUGCACAUAUUAUAAUUUUGUUUACUAGAAAUUCUUCUUUAAGGUAUGUUUGUUAGUCCAAUUGCUUAUAAAAGAUUUUGGCAUGAUACAAGAAGUUCUUCAAGUUGAGUGUGUAACUAGAUUUUUUUUUUCUUUCUGUCAUAGAUUGUUAUAUGUUAUUUCAAAAGAAAAUAAUGCAGAUUCUCACAUACUGAGUAAUAAAUAAUAAAGAUGUGCAUAUUGUUUAUAAAAUGGUUUCCAGCGGUACGGUUCAAAAAGUUAGUUUUGUGCCACUGGCUUGUCUUAUGGUCCUUUUAGAACUAAAGAAAAAGCUAAUUUAUUGAGCUGAAACAAUUUGUAGCUACUAUAGUUAGUAAAGAAAAAUUUCCACCAGACAAGUAAACCAGUCAACACGCAGUGUUUUUUUUAUUUAUUAAAGAACAAGUGAAUACGCUCACAAAAUUCAUGAAUUUGUUUAAUUUGGCAAAAUGCACAUAUUUCUAUGUAAGUUAUGUUACAAGCUAAUAAGGGAAGGUGCUAUAUAAAUAAAAUGAUUCAUUAUUAUUAAGGUUCAAGGUUUGCUCAGAAAGGCUUGCAACACAAUUUUUAAUCGCUAAUGAUUAUUACUGAAUUGUUUCAAGAUACUUGUAGGAUAUCUAGCAUGCAUUUUAUACACUCCUUAUUUUUGUGCGUAAUCUCUGUCAACUUUAGUAGCUUUCUGUCAGGGAGAAGCAAGCAUGCCUCCUUGUUUUUGUACCUUCCUUUUUAUGCCGAGUCAGAAUGUGCAGGUUUGACUUAACUGUUUUACUUUAUGGCAAAUUUCUAUCAAAAUAACUCCUUCUGUAUCCCCAAAAACAGCAGCAACAACUUUUCAUGCUGAAGGUGGGUACAGUACAUUUAAAGAUCUUGUGAAAAGAAGUUGGAUGGUGCUAUUUCCAUUCAUCUUCUUUAAGUCUCAGGUUUAAGGUAAUGGAUUUAUAUUGCAUCCUUAGUGACAAUCUGCAUUGAAAGCUGUCAUUCUCAGUGUUGUAAUGAGAAAGAAAAUCUUUCCACACAGUUUUUUGUUCUGCUGUUAAGCUUCAUGGAACCCAGCAGUUACACAUUUUUUUUUUUUUUAACAUCGUAAAGCAUUUUCUUCUUUAGAUACCGAGAGGUCACUUGUUCUGGUUGUACUCCAUUGCACCUGACAGAUGAUCAUGAUGAAGGAAUGCUAUACUUACAGCUGUUGUUGACCAGCCUAAGGAAGAACCAUCAGUGAUCUUAGUUUGGCCUGUCUCCGAACCAAAAGUUUUGAAGACUAGCCAUAUUUCCUGAAUAUGCAUAUAAUAACAUGUUAAGGUUUGUUAAUGAUUUAUUCUUGACUAUGAGAAGUUCAGUAACUUCCUAUUGUUUAACAAGCUCAUCACUGUCCAAUGCCAUCUUGAUGGCUUACUACAAAAGUGCUAUGAAACUGAUUGUACUGCAUUGUGUUUAAGUGUUUUCUUUGUUAUU